AUCAGUUUGGCUCACUCGUUAUUUUCCAACUUGGACAUUUGUCGAUAUACCGUGUCUAAGAAGCAACACCAUCCAACAGUGGGGGGCGAUAUAAUAUCAAUGAGUGCGUGCUGAGGAUAUUAGAAAACGGCCCUGUGUUUGGAAAAUGUCUUCGGGCUGUCAGAAAACCACUACUAGCAAGUCCAUUCCGACCAGAUGGGUGACUAUAAACGACGCGGCGCACAUGCCCCAGGACUACUCCACAACUCCCGGAGGAACUCCGUUCAGCAUAACUCCUGGAGGUACAAGAAUUAUCUACGACCGGCAGUUCCUGCUGGAGUGCCGCACUUCCCCGCUGGCCAGGACUCCCCCGUACUCUCUCCCUGACAUUCCAGGGGUCACCAGCCCACCCUCAAAACACAUCAUCAAUGUAAAGGCCCAUAAUGGAGAACCACUGAACAACAACAUCGCGGCACCUGCUGACAAGAGUGCUGGGGAUGAUGCACAGUUUGAAAUGGACAUCUAACUGGUGGUGAAAUGAGCAUUCUAGAGGGAUGUGAAACAGAAGAGGCCCAGCCAAUCCCCUGUCCAGACUCGCUACAAUAUUGUCACCCUGUGUUUACCGAUGUGUCCAUUAGUUGCUGUGUGUUAACUUUCAAUAUCAGUGCUGUUGUUACUGUGAAAACUGCUCGAAGGUGGUCUGUUGCCUUUCUCUUGUGAACCCAGCAACAACACUGAAAAAGACUGCCCCAGAGGAGUGGUGUGGAGGUAACGAUUCAAUACAAUUGUUUUCAUUCUUUAAAAUAAUUUUGACACCCUAAUCAUGGGCUAACCACCCUUCACCUCUCUUCAAAUACUGCCUUCAAAAAAACGUUACAUUUUUACAGAUAGUCAUACAAAGGAAUGUUUUUGUCACCUUUUAAGUUUUGAGACAAAAUAAAUACAUUUUCACGUGGUAUGUAAGAAGAAGAAAUAAAGCAAAGAGAACAUA